UUUCAGUUAGUGGACAAAGUAUCAACAUGAAAAAUUUCAUUUAUAUCGGUUUAUUAGUCAUUUUCAUGCAUCAAAGUAUUGGUGCUCCUGUUGAAUCCACCAACGAAGAGGAUUAUGAGGAAGAUCACGAAUUAAUUGGUGGAUUUUUUCAAGGUGAUAUGGAGAUAGAAAUGACACGUAAUGGUGAAAUAGCGGAAUCGAAAAGAUGGCCCAACGGCCAAGUUCACUAUAAAAUAGAUGAAGUUUUUGAUGCCGACCAUGUUGCCUACAUUAAACGUGCCAUGAAAAAUAUCGAAAGCGUUAGCUGCAUACGUUUCAUUCCCGUUGCUGAUGACAAAACACCUCAUUUGCUUUUCAUUGGUGAGCCCUCUGGUUGCCACACCAAAGUCGGUUAUCGUGGCAAGGUACAAACGCUUAACUUACAAGUAGAUCGUUUGGACAAGGGCUGCUUUAAAUUAGGCACUAUUAUGCAUGAAAUCUUACAUUCAUUGGGCUUCCAUCAUCAACAAUGUGCCACAAAUCGUGAUGACUAUGUCUUAGUUGUAGAGGAAAACAUUAAGUAUGGCAAAUUGAACAAUUUUGUUAAAUACGAUGACAAAACAGUUACUGAUUUUAAUAUUGAAUAUGAUUAUGGCAGUAUUUUACAUUAUAGUUCUACUGCCUUUUCGAAGAAUGGUGAAAAGACCAUCAUACCUUUACAGGGUGAACAUAUCGAAAUUGGUCAGAGACGAGCUUUGAGUGCUAGUGAUAUUGCUAAAUUGAAUUUGAUGUACAAGUGUCCAGUUUUAAUGAAUUAGAAAAUACAUUUUUUUAAUUUUGAGCAUAAAA